ACUUUUUCCAAAAUCUAAUACAUAUCUGUUCUUGUUUGUAUCUAUGUUUUGUUUGCAUUUCACCGUUAUCAUAGUUGGAGAAUGAAGGCUGGAGCAACUAGACAACAAAUAUUAUACAAAUUACAAGUACUAUACUUACUACUAGUACUACUUAUUCUAGUACUUAAGUAGUAGAAUAGUUCUGAUUUAACACACUUCCCAACUUUUUUGCAUGGCUGACGCACAAAUCGUGCAGGCUAAGAAAGGGGGAAAAAGUACUAAGUAGUGGUAACUAUGCUGAAAUCUUUAAUGAAAUACGAAAAUAAAUAAAAAUGCUAGAAAAGUCUACUGUUAUUCGUAAUAUCGUGGUAAUGAAUUGAGCCAAAUAGAUGUAAAAUAUUAUAUUAUUGUCUUAUUCUAACAAUGUAUGAUUUUCGAAAAAAUAACAAAUCAUCUAAUAUAUAUUGGCUUAAGUGCCCUAUACAGCAUCUGAAUUUAACGUUAAAACUGAAAGCACAGGAAACUAUCACAUUACUUCCGCAAUUUUCAGAACAUUUAAAUCAAUCUGAUGAGGAAGAUGCACAAAAUUUAUUACAAUACCAGGAGUACAAUUUUCAGUGGCAAGAAAAAUUAUUUAGCCAGUAUCAGGUUACAAAAUUUGGUGAUAUUCAAAACUGUGUCUCAGAAACAGAUUUGGCCUUCAACAGAUCAAUUCAUCAGUUCAAUAAAAAGCCUCAAAAAGUCUUUACUUAUAUAAAUGAAGAAUAUGCUUUUCCAUUGCCUUUUGAACCAAAAGUAUAUGGCGAAGGAUUAUUUAGAUCUUGUAUUAAAAGGUUAAACUUAGAAGAUUUUGUGAAAGGCACUCUUGGAAAAGGAGAAUCAAUGCAUAAUUUCUUUAAAAGUGAAGAUGAUGAGGCCUGUGAGGAUGAAUUGAGUGCAAUGUAUAUUUUUUAUGAUAAUUCAAAAUAUGAUGAAGAUAACAACUUAAUAUUUCAAGAUGAAUGCCUUCUAGUAUCAGUAUACCACAAUACCAAGUAUAAUUAUAUAAUGGUAUCCCCAGAUAUAAAUAAUGAAUCUAAUCCAUAUGCUGUAGAAUGCUCCUCUGGAUAUUUGGAUUUUGAGUAUUUUAUUAAUGUAGACUUUGGCCAGGCUUGCAGUGGAGAGGAGCUGAAAGAUUUGCUUAAUAAAUUGUUAAAGAAGUUAGAGAAGAAACAAAAACAUUUGACAAAAUUUGUUAUGCCCGCCCUUAGAACAAGGAAAUAUUACAUAUCAUUAGAAAUAGAAUCUGCUAAGGAUUUUGAUGGUGAUAUUUAUAUAGAAUAUCAUGUGAAGAUUCCAGAAAACAUUGAGUCUGUAAGUCUACUCACAGGAAGGACACAUUUGAAUAAAUUUCUAAUGAAUGAGGACAUACAAAUGUGGACUUUUGGCCAUAUUGUGGAUUUUGAAGUUGAAGGUGCUACUGGAAUAGAUCCCAUGCCACUUAAGAUUAUCUUUGAAGUUAUAUCAGUUGACAGAUGGGGGCGACACAGGACUGAGGGAUAUACCUAUUUUCCUCUGGCAUUAAUACCAGGCUAUUUUAAAAAACAACUGUCCUGUACUAGGCCAGAGGAAUUGGACGAGAUAGAUGCUGAAAGCCGACGUUUUUUUAUUGGAGGCUCUCAUUUAAUUGAAGAUUUGGAAAUGCUGGUCAACCCACAGCUUUAUGCGACAAACUUCAGAUUCGUAUCCACAGGUAGUGUAGCAGUUCACUGGACGGUUAUAUCUCAUUCUCAUUCCCCUGGUUGCCAUUCCUCUGAAAAUCAGUCCCCUGUGCCUCAUACAUCGAGCUCUGAUCUGAUACAGGGGGCUGACGCGGUUUUAAAGCAAUAUAAGCGGGCGAAAGCUACCCUGGCUGCUGCUACUAGAAGUUUAAGACAAGCUGUGGAUUCAGAAUGAAUUAUGCUAACAUUUGUUGGCCGAUCGGGCGAUCUUUAAGGCUGCUGUAAGUGAAAUAGAACAUGCUGAAAUGCGAUCCAUUACCAUAUUGGUGUUAUGAGACUUUAAACAAAACUUGUGUACGUAAAAUAACUUUAACUCUGAAAUCUCUUUAAUUAAUAAUUUCGUACGUCAUGCAUAUAUAGAUAUAGACACACUUUAUUUAUAAAAAAAACAAUACGCUCUUAUUCACCACAAUAAUUAAAGCACCCUUAAUACUGACAAUAAAUUUUCUAAAGGCGUCCAAUUUCUUAGUCAUUAUAUUGAUCUCUUUAUGUUGUAAAUUAGUUAAGUAAUAAAAAUAUUGUUU